GGUUUUAUUUUCGUUUUGAUAAAGCUUUUGAUGUUAAAUUCAGUAGCGGAAUUUUGCGGCUCAUUUGUAUUGUUAACGUGUAUUGCAAGUAGUGGGGAUGUAAAUCACGUGAGAUUGUAAUUUGGUGAUUAAAUUUAUUUCAAAUGUUGCUUUUAUUUUUUAUCUGUCAUUUUCUAAAUUUCUUUUCUUUCUCACUGAAUGAUGAGAGAAAAAAUGAAACAAUUGUUCAUAAAUCAGCUUCAGUUAAAUCUCUGACGGGAACAUGGUUUGCUGUUAAUAGUAAUGGAAGUAUUGUUGUUAAAUCCAAAGUUCCUGGAAAUAUAUUUACUGAUUUAUGGCACAAUAAUGUAAUUGAUGAUCCAUAUUUUGGAGAUAAUGAUGUAAAGUAUCGCUGGAUUGGAAGAGAAAAUUGGAUCUUUAAGAGAACAUUUAAUGUUGAGUGUCAUCUUUUGCAAAAGAAGAGGAUUAUUCUAGUUGCUUAUGGUUUGGAUACAGUUAGCAAGAUCUUUUUAAAUGGAAAACUCAUUGGUUCUUCAAACAAUAUGUUUAUUCGUUAUAUUUUUGAUAUCAAGCAUAUUUUAGAGAGCAAUAACACUAUUGUAGUGAGUUUUAGAUCACCAGUUGCAUAUGCUGAAGAAAAGCACAGUGAACAAACUUUAAAGCGUUAUGUGAUUCCUCCUACCUGUCCUCCACCUGUUCAAAAUGGCGAGUGCCAUGUCAAUUACAUGAGGAAAACUCAAAGCUCAUUUAGUUGGGACUGGGGACCUUCUUUCCCAACUCAAGGAAUAUGGAAGCCUUUAGAAAUAGUUGGAUUUGAUACUGUAUUGAUAAGAGAUGUUAGUGUGAUUACACAUUUUACUGGUUAG